GCCUGCGGAAAUGCAAACGAGGUAAGAGUUCCAAGAAUCACUUCAAGUCGUUUUUUCCUCAAAAAUUAGUUACUUUCUUCUGUACCCACUAAUUUUCUGCUCUCUUAGCGAUCAUGUUUGCCAACUGAUGUGCUUCAAGACAUCAAAAUAACACUUCAACAGUUUAGAUUAGCUGCUACUUCCCUGCUUAUUAUGUCUAUGUCAGACUUAUCGAUCGUUUAGGCUAAGGGCUCUAUAGCAAAGAGUGGCUGUUUGUGCUGGAAAACCUGAACUUGCACCAAGGAGCACCCAAUUAACUCGCUGACGACUGAAUGAAAAAAAUGCACCAAAGCCCGAAAGGACUUGUAUUUGUCGUCUGUAUUAUCACAGCAACAGGAUUCAUUCAAGCUAUAGUUUAUCCAAGAAUGAUCGCUGCUCCUAAAAAGCCAACAGAAGCCUUCACUGGCGACACUGUUUCAUUAAGGUGGCACUACAAUUCAGGAGAUUUGAAGGAUGAUCUUUACGAGGUGGUUUUUGGUAUUUGGAAGAGUCCUGGGUUCCUGAAAACAAAGUUGAUAGCUGUCAACUCAAGUGGUUUUUCCUUAACGAGGUCUACACAUAAGUCAUCGGUGGGUUGGGCAGGAAAUUUGACAUCCUCUAUCGCGGUGUUUGAACUUUACAAUGUAAAACUCGAAGAUGGCAAGAAGUAUGGAAUUGUGGUAGAAUACGGUCUCCAGCAUACCCCGCUGACCGACACAGUUUACCUUAAAGUUAAGUCCAGACCCAUUCUCAAUCUACCAAGAAUCACAAACAUCAGUGAACCGCCGCCGCUCAGGAGAGGACAGAAUGUGAACCUUAUAUGUACUGCUAAAAGCUUGUCUCCUGUUAACGUCACGUGGAAGAGAAAUGACAAAGUAUUAGUAAGCGGUAUUUCUGAAGCCAUAUUGACCCUAAGAAACAUUACAGCCGAGCACUGCGGUGAUUACGUUUCUGUCGCUAAAAACUCUGACGGAGAAGACACUAGGACUGUGGUCCUAAAAGUACUUCCGGAAAGUCCAACCAUACUGAACUCACACAAGAUAGUAAAACGUCCUCACUGGACACUACGAUGGUCAGCGGUUAAAAGUGAUGAAGUGCUGGUGAAGUAUACAGUUAGGCAAAAACGUGAAGGCGAAGAAUCAUGGCUGCAGAAAAAUGUUACAGGAAACAUAUUGCAGAUCAGACUUAAGGAUGCUAGAUCUUACUUGUUCGUGGUGACAGCUUGGAACAGGUGUGGAGAGAGUAUGUUAGACAGAGCCAAAAUGAUCAACAUAUCCACCGACUUUGAAGUCAGAACUGCACCACCAAGCGACAUAUCUCUCGCAACAUUUUCUACAGAGCCUGAGGCUGCACUGACUCCAUUCUUCAGCAGCAGACAAAAGGACGAGUCCCCAUGGAAAAUGGAAAUCAUCAUUUUAAUGGCUCUGGGUGUCAUUUUUUUAAUAUUAAUUGCAAUUUUGGUGAUACGAAGAAAAACUAGCAAAGACAAAGAAACUGGCCAAAGGUCCCAAAAUUUAAGGAACAAAGGGAUGUCCCCAUCUUUAAAGUUACGAGAGAAACCUUCCUUUGAACAGGCUCCCGACAAUUCUGUAGGUAGAGAACCAUUGACGACAGAGGGGACUUCACCAAGACUUUCAGAAUCCUCUUUGACGACAGAACAACCAGUCUCAGUAAUAGGGGCCAACACCAACGAAGGAACGGAAGAGACACCUGAAAUGAGCUCCACUACUGCUGCAUACUCAUCUGGUCAGCAGGUCUUGUCUUUUACCACUUUUUCUUUAUGCAAAGUUGCUGCGGUUCCAAAUGCAGGAAAUGAGAAGACUCUCCAAGUUCAAGAGGAAGCGACAAUCCAAUGUCUUGACACGUUCACCAGAAACAAACCUCCAACUGACACAACCCAAGGUCUGAAGCAUUCAGAAGAUUACCUGCAACCGGUGGAACACUUACACUUACAACCUGCGUUUCAAAACAGAGGUAGCUUCAGAUGUUGUGGUGGAAAGAUACAAACUUUGCCUCAAGGUCGCCCUGUGCCUAAGCCUAGAGGAAAAAUGUCCACGUUUGCAGGAAUAACGUCAACUUCGCGAUUGUGCCAGGUAGUUCAACAACGUGCAGGUGUCCAACGUGUCAACCAAUCAAAGUUCUGCACCCAUCAUGCAAGAGAUCUUCAAGAAGAGCACAGUUAUCAGAAUGAUACAUGUGCAGCAAUCCCCUAUGAGAGCCCAAGACGUCCACAAUCAUUUUUACCUUCUGCUUCCAGGAAGGAGUCACCAUACGUGAAGGUGCAGAGCACCGCCAACUGGGAGGUGGCUGGCGAAAGUUUGAGACUUUUUAAAAGGGUCGGCGGUGGAACAUUCGGUCAAGUGUGGGAAGGUGCUGUAUUGGACGUGUGUGGUACUGUAGGCUGGUCUAUUGUGGCUGUUAAAAUGCUGAAGGAAAAUUCAUCGAAGUCGGAUCGAAUGGAUUUGCUGUCAGAGCUGGACAUGUUGAAGAGACUUAAACCUCAUCCUAACGUGAUACAACUGUUGGGCUGCUUGACAAAAGAUGUAGUCCGACGUAAAGGAGGGCGAGAGUUUAGGCCGCCUCUUGUUAUCCUGGAGUUUGUGCCUCAUGGUGAUCUCCUGGGAUAUCUAAAGAAAAGUAAAGGGGAAACAGAUGACUACUACGACGUUAAAUGCGCAGAAACUUCGUUGAAAAUACCAACAGUACAACUUUACAAAUUCGCUUGUGAUAUUGCACGGGGAAUGGCGUUCAUAGCGGCUCAUCAGUUCGUUCACCGAGACUUAGCAGCGAGGAACGUGUUGGUUGGUGAGGGUCUACGCUGUAAAAUCACUGACUUUGGGAUGGCGAGAGAUCUUGGCAAAGAUAAAAUUUAUGUCAGGAGGUCGAAUGGAGUUGUACCAGUAAAGUGGAUGGCAGUUGAAUCACUAACAAAACAAAUUUUUACCACAGAAAGUGAUGUGUGGAGUUAUGGCAUCGUCCUGCACGAGAUAUUCACACUCGGGGGGAACCCUUACGAUGGAAUGAGCGGACAAGAAGUCUUUACAUACGUGUCACAUGGUCACAGAUUGCAUAGGUCGUCAGGCGUGAGCGCAGACUUGUAUGAAUUGAUGUUCCAGUGCUGGAACCAAGAGCCCUCCCUGCGACCAACCUUCGAAUCAAUUACUUCGUGGAUGGAAACUUUAGCGGAUAGUCACUCCCAAUACAUAAGCUGGGCGUAAUGUACAUCAAUAGACUAGCUUUUAUUAAUUAAGGAGGUCGGAACAGAAAAUACUUAUUACGAUUAGAGAGAAUAGAAGACUUGGUGAAUUUUCCUGGCUUCGACGGUUAUUCAUGUUACUGAAGUUCAAGGUUUUUCCUUUAGUUUCCUUCUCUGGCUAAAGAGGUAGGAAGCAAUGAUUGUCUAUAUUAGAUGCAACACAGGAUCGAUGCAAAGAAAAAUUCCUAACUGUUAGUCAGAAUUAAUUUAGUAAUGCUUCUGUUUGUUUCUGAUCUCCUACCCAGAUCUUACCGUUUAACUGUAACUGAUACGUUGGACCAUACAGUCGUUUUGCCGAGCAGGGUCUGGCCACGAGACUAGCUUGUUUCAUAUAUAUACUGAAAAUAGGUGAAUUUAGGGAUCGGUCAUUAUUUGUCGCAGGGUGGGGGGGGGAGGGGAUGCGGAGUAUUUUAGGUGUGUCACAAUCAAAUUUACCUGAUCCCCAAUAGGGCUUCGUAAUCUCCUUUCAUUCGCAGUUAAAAGGCAGUCAGUUUUUUAUAGUCCCCCUUUAGACUCUGAUGGCUACUAAUGCUUUCCCCUUCGCUGCUCCUGAAAACCAUGUCGUCCUCCUAAUAUCCUCCCAACCCCCCACCCCUCCGGCCUCCGGAGAUGAAUAACGACUGGUCCUGUGAGUUUAACAUGACCUACAUAACUAUUUUUCAGUGGUACAAAUAAUACAUAUGUAAAUUAUCAAAAAGUAGUUUCAUGUUUUUGCAAAGAAAAGUUGCGUUCACUUGGUUUGGGCAAAUGGAA